AAAAAGUGUGUAUCUAAGAUUAAAAACGAAAUAUUGCGCAAUACCAGUAAUCGGUACACUACAUUUUUUUAUGUGUGCGAGAGAAUUAAAAUGGCGACGCAUACUUCAUCGUGGUGGCGGUUGUGAAUGUUUUACUCCCAAAAAAAGACAAGUAUGACGAAGGUCUCAAUUACGUAUUAUCUGUAUUAAACACGUGGUCUAUUUAUUUUUAUAAACUUAAUGAACACAAUAUAAACACGAGUGAUUUUUCACUUUAAAAAAGAAGAUAACGCGAUUAGUGGUGCAAUUUUAUGUUAUGUUAAAAAAUGUCAAACUAUUAUAACGAUUAUAACCUACAAAUGCGUGGCGACGGACGCAGAAAAUUCGGUUGUGACUUACAAGACGUUCAAAUUGAAUCAUUAUUAGAUCGUAGGUUCGGUUACGUUGAUCGUCAAGGAAAUGAUACACGAGAAGUACGAAUGGGAGGUGACACCAUAAUGGCUGGUGUAAGACCACGAAUUUCUUUUAAACAGAAAACAAGAGUAACAAUGCCACGAAAUUUGUCAUUUGCUGCGCAAAAUCUUCUCGAUGAUGACGACGAUUUGGAAAUGUCUUCCAUCAACAAUAACAAUAAUAAUAAUUUUCAUGAGAGACAAGUUUUUCUUAAAACACGAGGUCGAAGUCUUCUUAAUGGUAGACUGGGAGUAAUUCCCCAAAAGGAUUUAAGAUGUAGACUGACACAAACAAUUCUUGCUGACGCCUAUUGGUAUAAAAUUACAAUUCCGUGUGGAGCAAAUUUCGAAAAAGAUUUCAUCAUUAAGAAGAUUUUACAGUACAUUGCACCUGAAACUUUUGUGCCAAUUAUGUAUCAACAUUUUGAAAGAUCGGCAAUAUUUUAUGUGGACAAUUACAGAAUAGCUAAAACAUUAUUAGACUGUGAUUAUAAGAUCUAUUUAAACGAAACAUUCAAAUUACAUAUUUAUGUAAAGCCAGGACAUCCUAAUGUAAUGAAAAAAUCAAAUGAUGUUUCAAAUGUACUGAAGGAAAAAAUUGUUCAAAUUGUCGCAAUGCGUUAUAAUCAAGAGACGAAUUCGUUAAAUCUUUCAGAAUUUUAUCAUGAUCCAGCACUUGUGGAUAAUCAUUUUUGUGCCUUAUUUCAACCGAUUUUGUUGACGACAGUUUUGGACACUGCAGUGCAAUUGGUUCCAAAUAUUCAAGUAUUGAAUCUCAGUGGCAAUAAACUGACUUUCAUUAGUACACUCUCGACGUUGAAAGCGAGAUUUAAGAAUCUUAAAAUUCUUCUGCUUGGUGAUAAUUUAUUGAAGGAUAUCAAUUUAUUGGAUCCGAUAAGAUUUUUAAAUUUAGAAGAAUUGUCACUAUUGGGAAAUCCUUUUUGCAACGAUUACUCGAUGCGUAAAAAUGAAUACGUAAGUGAUGUACGUCAAAUAUUUCCAAAACUUUUACGUUUGGAUGGUAUCGAGUUACCGCCUCCAAUUUCAUUCGAUGUGGUUGAAGAAGAUCUAAAAAUUCCGCCUUCAAAGAAAUUAUUUUCUGUCAGUUCGGAAGGAAACAUAAUUGCAAGACAAUUCAUUCAACAGUACUUUUCAGUGUUUGACAACAAUAAUCGAGAAACUUUAAUGCAGGCUUAUCAUGAUAGUGCAGUUUUUAGUAUGACUGUGUCGCCCAAUGUUGGAGCAAGACCAAACAGUUACCUCGGUGAAAGUAGAAAUUUACUUCGAAUAAGAGAUCAAAAUUCUGUGAGGAGACUGCUAAAGCGUGGAAAGCUGGCAGUCGUAACAACAAUUUCUGAAUUUCCACGAACAAGACACGAUACGGAUUCUUUUACGAUGGAUGUGUCCUUCUGUUCGAAAUCAAUGAUGAUGGUUACAGUCUCAGGACUUUUUAAAGAAUCCAACGAUUUCGAUGCACCGUUUCGUUAUUUCAAUCGAACAUUAAUAAUUGUUCCCGAAGGUUCUGGAUUCGUUAUUCUCAACGAACAAUUGUGCAUUUCAAAUGCCACUCAAUUGCAACAAAAACUUGCAAUGAAUCAAACGAGAUCAGUUGAAAUGGCAAUGACACAUCCAGAACCAAUAAUAAAUUGUCAAAAUGAAAUUGGAAUGUUAUCCGAAGAUAUCAAGAGAAAAAUGAUCAAAGAUUUGUGUCUUGAAUCAAAUAUGAAAAAUGAAUGGAGUUGUAAAUGUUUAACUGAAGUCGACUGGAAAUAUGAGGAAGCAAUGUCAGCCUUCCGACGAUGUUUCGCGCAAGGUCUGAUUCCGGCCGAUGCAUUCGAAAGAACAUCCUAAAAUGAAUGAGAAAAAAAAUUAGUAAUAAUUAAGCCAUAGUAAUAUUUACUUAAAGAAACAAAAACAAAGAGGAAAAACUUCCAAAGAGAUUUUAGAAAUUAGUUAAAGAGAAAAAGUAUUUGUUUAUUUCGUUUUUUAUAAACAUUUGAUUGUUUAAUUCAUUAUAAGAGCUGUGUUAAAAGAAACAAAGUUUAUUUUAUAUAUUUUAAAAAUGUUGGAUACAUUAUUCAGUAUUGUUUAAGAAGAAGAAGAAGAAGAAAAAAGUUUAUUAAACUGUUUAAUUUUCUCUCUCUCUCUCUCUCUCUCUUGUAAAUAAUGAGAUUAAGAAUUUAAAAAGAAAUGUUGACUGACAAAAAUAUUAAGUUAGAACAAAAUAUUAUUAUUUUUUUAAAGACACGUGUACACAUAAGAAUAGAAUGUCGAAUUUCGACAGAAUCAAAGUAUUAGAAACAUUUGUGUCAUGCGAGAAUUUUUUAAUUCUGUUAGAUUUUCAAAGAUCUACAAAAAAAAAAAUUAUUUGAAUAAGUUAGAUUUAGGAAAAGAAAUUUUGUUUUUCAUUUCUUGCGAUUCACAAAUUUAAAGUGCUCUCAUGUCUUUGUGGACAAAAUAAAUCAUUUUUAUAAUCAUCGUAAUGUGACUUUACAAAAUCGUUUAGUUUUUAAAUUAUUACAUUUCGUCAAUUUCCAUCUUGUGGAUUUCUAAGUUUUAAAAAAUGGUACUUAAUAAAUAGUUUCUUAAUAAAAAAAA